CCAUCUUUUAAUCUUUGAUGUGUUGUGUUGUUAACAAAAAUUGUUACAAAAAUAUUAUUAACUUCUUCAUAGAUUAAAACCAAAAAUUACGUAAAAAGAAAAUUAAUCUCCUACUCGUCCACCUAUUCUCCACUUGUUACAGUCAAGUAUGUAUGGUGUUUAUCAAAAGUGUCACAGUAUGAUUAUCGUGUUCUACAAAAAAGUUUCACUGUAUUCUUUGCUAUUGACCUAGAUGAAGAGUUCAAAUGGAUAGAUUGAACCAGUUGAGAGGUGAAGCGGGUGGAUCUCGGGACUCCACCUUGGACACCUCGUCGCCUCCAAGCGAGGCCUUUAUGACGGCUAAUGAGAGCUCCAAAUACUUUUCCCUGUCGGAAGACUCUGAAUUCGACAUUUCUCCAAUAAAAGACACGUCUUUAGCGGCCCCGGAUCCUGAAACAACUGUAACCGAUGACCAUCUGAUAUCGAACCUGUCUCCUAUUGGAAAGAAGUCUGACUUAGAUAGUUAUAAAAUUGGGAAGCAAAUUGAAGCAGCUAAUAUACUGUCUGGUGGGGUAGAUAUUUUUGAGGAUAAUGACAAUUCUAAUGACGGCAAUGAACUGAUAAUUGAUGAUAACGCUGAUGAAGAUAAAUCUAAUGAAUUGAUAUUAGUUGAUACUGCAGAGUUCAAGGGUGAUGAAGAAACUUUAGAGAAUGUUUCGGAGACUGAUACACCCAUUAAGGACACUGAGGUAGUGCUGCAGAUAGAUGGUAAAAAUGUAGAUGCAAUAGAUAUUGGCAACGGACUGUAUUUGUAUAGGAAGGAGGGGGAGGAAGAACUGGCUGCGGUUCAGAUAAUUGACGAUGACCAGCAUCAGCCCAGCUUCAAGUUCCUGAAAGUACGGGAAAAUGCUGAAGGCAAUCUGGAGGUGUAUGAAGAAAUACAGAUAGAAGUUCCAAAAGAAUUGCCUGCUAAAGGAGGAAAGAAUACUGAUAAGAAUAUUUCACAUCUCCCCAUCAAGGACAUAAACAAGGUGAUAAGUGAACCAACUAGCGAUGUUGUAGAUAAGGCAACCAAAAUACCACAAGUAGAAGUCUUCGCUACUCCAUCCAAAGAUUUAGAAGCAGAUUCAAAUAAAGAUUUACAAUCAGAAUCUAAAGAAGUCAAUUUAAAUACGAAAAUUAAAUUGAGUGAAGCAAGGAAGUCACCUGUUAUUGGGAGCUUCACACCAAUGACAUAUCAUUCAACACCUAACAAAGAAGGUAAACCAUUGACAAAAACCAUGGUAGAUCUUCAACUACAUCCAAGCAGGCAUUCUGAUAAUGUGAAGAAAACUAUUGAAGUACAUACUGAUAAUUCAAAACAAAAAUCGUCUGAAAUUCCUAGCAAGAGUGCAAAAGACAAUGAGAGCAAAUCUCCUGACAGUAAGUUUGAAUUGAAAGAAUCGGAAGUAAAAAAUACUGUUUGUGAACAAAAGACCAAAGAGUCUGAAGUUUCAGCAGAAAACCAGACAUCUAUUGAAGAUAAAGCAGACAAAAGUUCUGAUACUAAUACUCCAAAAACUGAAGCUGUUAGACCUGGUAUUGAGAUAUCAAAAGAAUUACAUACCACUGAAAAAAGACAUGAUACAAAAGAAGAUAUUAAAGUCAUUGAAAAUGAAGUUAAAUCUAAUCCUACUGAUAACCUGCCUUCCCAAAGUAACUUAGAAAAAAGAAACUCUGAGGUUAAACCUUCAAAUAUUAUUUCAUGCAAAAUUACUGAAGAAUCUGUGCCUAAAAUUAAUGAAAAUUCAAAUGUUGUAAGCAGUUCUACUGAAACUAAAGAAGCAAGUUCAUUGCAUAAAGAGUCAAUGAAGGAUGUUAAGUUACUAAAACCUGAAAAGGAGACUGGAGGCUCACAGCAAGUCAAAGUUGGUGAAGUAUCCUCUUCACAAGAGGCACAUAUUACCGAGAAAACUAAGAGUGAAAACGUUGAAGUUAUCGAUAAUGUUGAUCAAGAUAGUGACAAAUUAAACACAGAAACUCCUGAAAGAAAAGAGAAGGUCAAGGAUGUAGAAAAAGCUACUUCAGAAGACUUAAAAGAAUGUGCCAAAUCAGAUAUUUUGAGACCUGAACAGAAUACCUCUAAAGAGAGCCCUGUUUCGCUUCAAGUAGUUACCGCACAGGCAACUGUUUCCUCUGAAAAGCCAGCAGAAUCCAAAGCCGCGGAUGAAAUGGCAAAAGUUGACAAUGUAAAUAAUAAACAAGAUACCAUUUUAGAUAUAAAUUGUAAAAAACCGGAGUUACAAACUUUUUCAGAUCAUGUGAAACCUGAAAUAUUAGAGAAAAUGAAAACUGACAUAUUAUCCAAGGAAACUGAACAAUCUAUGAAAGUGGUUAAUGAAGUUAAACCAAAUUUGCCUCCUGUCGAUAGUAACAAAAGUAAAGACGUUAAACCUGUAGAAAUAAAUAAAGUUGUAGCCCCAAGCGCCGAUAUAGAUAAAAAAGAAAUUCCUAAACUAACUAAACCUGCACCUAUUAAACCAAUUAAUAAUAAUCAUGCUGCAGUACCUUUUGGUAAAUGGACAGAAGCCAAUAGACAAGAAUUUCUAAACAAAAUAAAAGAAUCGAAGGUUCCUACUAACCAUUCUAAUGGAAAACAAAUAAAGAAUUCCAAUGAUUUAAAUAGAAGAGAUAUUUUGAAGAAAAUAGACAGCCAAAGAAGUAAUAUUGCUACGGCGAAAGCUCAAGAAAUCGCGAACAUAGCAAAAUUAGGACAAGGAGUGAAAAAAGAGGCACCUAUAUUUAUUAACAAAUCUUCAGUCAGUCACGACACUAAAAUUCCUAUGAAAUCUGAGACGCAGGAUAUAAAAAGUAAGCCAGCAAUAAUUAGUAGAAAGACAGCUAAACAUGAAACUGUUCCAAAUCCUGUGCCAGAAAUGACAACCGCCACUGCAACAUCUGCUAAUGCUGUGAAAAAAGAAUUGAGGACAGAAAUAAAUAAUCAAGAUCUGAUUGACAAAACCAUCGACGAUAUUAUAGGGAAGGCGGUUACAGUAAAGGACCAGGAUGAUACAAACGCUGAAAAGAACACUGUUAAGGAGUCAGCUGCAAAAUCAAAACGAGAGGAGAAACCUCGGCCAGUAGAAAAACCUAAAAUAAAUGAAAGAAAAGCAAUUGAGAAGCGUUUACCUGUUCAUAGACCCAAACCUAUUGAAAGACCUAAACCGACUGAGAAACCAAAACCAGUUGAUCCACCAAAACCCGUCGUUAAACAAGGUGCGAUAAAAACCGGAAUGACUUUACUAGAUGAUAUUGAAAUGGAAAUGAAUAAAUUGCACGGCAUCCCUUUUGUAGAACGGCCUCAACACGAAUUACCGCAAGUUUCUCAAAGACAGCCUUUUAGAACUUAUAGCAAAGCUGAAAGUGAGAAAGAUACAGAUAAAAAUGUUAAAGUUCCUAAAUUAUUACCUUUCGUUAAUAAAGCUCAACAAAAGAUGAUCAAAGAUAGUACAAUAGAUCUUGAUUCUGAAGAAGAGAUUAUAGAACAUGAGCCUAUUACAGGAGACAUAGAGAUGAACAAGAAAGAACUACCAACUAAAUCUUCAAAUGCUCCAAUUUAUGUACCCUCUACGACUACAGAUUCAUCAAAGAAAGAAGCAAUUAUAACCGAAAAUGAUUUCGAUAAAUUUGCUAGGAGGAAUUCUAAAACUUAUGAAAAUUGCUUAAAAGUCAACUUUGAUGGCAGCGAAUCACAUAACGUAAUUCAAACUGUUGUAGAAAAAGAUAAUUUAAAAAUUGGACCCAAAACUGAAACAGUAUCUGCUGAUAGUAAAACAGCUCAAAAAGAUCUAAUUAAUACAAAACCAGUCAAAAAACAGAAUCUAAUGUUUACUGAUAAUGAUCCAAAUAAGCACUAUCCGUCUAAAGUUAAAAUGGCUUACCAAUCUGUAAUGACUGCUAAAAGACAACUAGAACGUCCAAUUACUAUUAUUGAAGAUAAACCUGUGAAAGUCAUGUAUGUGGAUUCUAAUAUGGACUUUAAUCCUCAUACCCUAAAUGUCCAAGGAAAAGAACUUACACCGCCAAGCAUACAUAUACCAGAAAUCGAUGCUAACACUGCUAGCUCUUGUGAUUCACUGGAUUCUGACCUUGGUAUAGUUGAUGAUGCUAAGUCACAAGAUGAAAUAAGGUCAAAAACUAAACAUCAAAGAAAACAAGUUCUGACGCCUGUGGACAACCCCGACUUGGAGCUAAUCGAGCCUGAAGAUCUCGGUUAUAUUGUAUCACCUAAAAAGAAGCGGCGGACAGAAGAAAGUAGACAUGAAAAAAGCCCCAGGGCUCUCGUGCCAAAGAAGUCAUAUUUGCUUGGACGCAAUACAGAGGAUAAAGUGGCAAAGACAGUCGAUUUAUCUCAAAACACUUUCAAAGAGUCAUUGAACAAAGAAGAACCCCCUAAAACGCACAAUGCUGCUUCAGCUAUUGACAGUUUAGUAAAAGCUGCAGCUUUAAUUGAGACUCAGUCUGAAAAUGUAUUAAACAAUGUUUGUGAUACUCCAAGCACAGAUUCACCAACUGUUACUCCCGCAAAAAGAGGUCGUGGUCGGCCACGAAAAUAUCCACUUCCUGAAGGAGCAGCUGACAAAAAUAAAGCACCUAGUCCACAAAAGAAACCGCGGUUGAUAGACGCCAAAAUAAAGAAACCCGAACCCAUUUCCGAUGAUGAUAGUAGUGAAGAUGAAGUUAUUAAGGAAAAUUGGACGAUGGGAAAAAUAAACGAGAAUAUUGUAUGUCCAAUUUGUAGCAAGUUGUUUAGGUCGGAAAACGUUGUUUUUAAACACGUAAAACAUUGCACAGGUCCUUCGCCGAACCGAUCUGACUCUGACAAAAGAAGUCCAAGGAGAGGAAGAUUUUCGCAGGAAUCCGAAUCCACAGAGAGCAAGACAACGGAUGAUACGGACUUUGAAAUAGAAAAGAUAGCACCCAAAAAACGUAAGUCCAAAGAAAGCCCUGUCAAGCCCGCGACAGAAAAAGACGACAUCAUUGUUAUUGAAGACACGCCUAUAAAAGAAAGAAUUGAAAAACGUGAAGUUAAGACUCAUGAAACAAAAAAAGUUGUCAAAAAUAAAGUACAAGAUAAUAAAGUCAACAACUUGGUUUGUGAAAUUUGUGGCAAGACAUUUAGACAGUUAUCAUACUUAGUGAGUCACAAGCUGCUACAUGGCAAAGAUGAACAAAAGAAGGUCGAGCCUGCACAAGACCAAUCUAAAUCUGUGUUUAGUUGCGACGUCUGCAAAAAAGAGUUCAGAAAACUCCACCAUUUAGUUCAACACCGUAUAAUACACAAUCCUAAUGCGAUGCCCGCUAGAUUAUCGAGAAAAAGUUCAUUAGAACAAAAGGACAAUAAAAUUGAUAAGGACCAAGUUUCUAAACAAAGCGAAGAUCCAAGCGCAGGCUUCCGUUGUGAACCUUGUGAUAAGUCAUUUAGGAAACUGCAUCAUCUUGUUGAACACAGAGAAACGCAUGAUGGAAUCAACCGGCAAAAGAUUGUACCGGCACCGCCAGUACAUGACAAACUACCUCCUCCGCCUCAGUGCGAGGUUUGCAAGAAAACAUUCAGGAAACUGCAUCAUUUGAUUGAACACAAAGAACAACACUUGGAAACUAGUUCUGAAAAAUCUGAUGACAAAAGUGUUAAGAGUUCUUUGUCUACUAAAGAUAUCAUCCACGAAUGUUCCCUGUGUUAUAUGGUGUUCCCUAAUGAACAUUCACUUACGAAACACACAGUUAUAUGCCAGAAAAAGAAGAAACAAUCUGCGACCAAAGCUUUGAAGCAACUUGAAGACGGUUCUGAAGUCACAAAAGACCAGAAAGAAGACACAGUUUCUGAACCAACUAAACAAGACGAAGAUUUGAAGACUAUUGAGGAAAUAGCUUCAGAUGAUACACAGAACAGCGAUAUCCCAAUUUCAAAAUUUGUGCCUGAAAGAAAAUCGACUGAAUCUAAUAUCAAUAGUGCUUCUGAACAAAAAUCUCAAAUCACUCCAGAAGUAGAUAAACCAGAACCGAUAACGGUAAAAGAAAGCGAAAAGGAAACUACAUCGAAGGAACCUGAUACAAAGCUUUUAAAAGAGACUAAGCAGAUAGAAAAUGCUUCCAAAGUGCAAGUAGAUUCAGAAAUACCUGUGAAAAUACCGAAAACAGAUGAAAAAGAGACUGGAAAGACGGCGAAAAAGAAAACAUUGGCCAAAGAAAAAUCUGCUACCGUUGCUAAACGUCAGAAAUCUAUAAGUGCUCCGCUUCCAGUCGUCGCCGAGGUGAAGGCAGCCGAAUCGAGCGACGACGACGAAGUCAGAUACAUGCUCAACCCCGACUUCAAAGUGGAGGAAACAGCUGAAGCCAAAAUAUUCAUGAAAGUUAAAGCAAAGAAACGCAACUCGCUACAAAUCGAACGGCCCAAUUCUAAAGAUCUAGUCAAAAGACGAAUAUCACUACAACAUCCGCCCAAGAUCCCUCGUUUGAAGCCAAAACCUAUUGUGCCUAAAGUUCCUGUUAGUACAGUCGCACCAGUCAAAUCCAAGCCUGAUUUAGAUCCAGUGCCUUCCACGGAUUCUGACGAUAGUGACGUCAAAUACUCUUUCCCAAAACCAACUGUUGAGAAAGCAAAGCUCGCGUCACAAGAAACACCGAAAGAAGCUAAGAGCACGCCAAGAAAAUCGUUGGCGGACAAGAGGAAAUCUCUCGGAGGCAUAGCCAAGCGGAAGUCUAUGGGGAAGGCCAUUAUCGCGAAGCACAAAGUGAAACCUUCGCCUUUGAAGACGAUUAAAAGACGCACAGCAGAGAUUGAGCACCGUUGCGACUGCGGCCAGCUGUUCAGCAGCGCGGCGCUGCUGUGCCGCCACACCUCGCUGGCCCACACGCCGCCGCGCGUGCGCCGCCGCCGCUCGCCGCCGCCCGCCGCAGCCUCAGCCUCAGCCGCAGCCUCGCGACCCCACGCGGAAUCCCGCAAGUCCAGCACCCGAAGCGACACCUCCAACAAAGAAAGAAACAGUGAAAAACCGAGUGCUAAAAGUGAAGUGCGCAAGUCGAUUAAAGUUGAGGAAUCUACGAAAAAGACGAGUACGAAAGUCAGGCGGUCCAAUGCCCAUCGCGGCGUGCCCGUGCCGGAGAAGAUGAGGAAACUCAUGGAGAAAAUGAAAUAGUCAUGUUUUGUGUAAUGUAAUUCGUGAAUGGGUUAUAUAUAUAGGGAUUGCGGAACCCGGAUACUUUGAACACAAUAUUCGUGGUACAACCAUAACUUGGGAAUGUUCUGGUUUGAAUCAAUGCAUCAAAUACCGACAAAAUAGAUAACUGCAGGAACUUUUCCUUGAUUUCGGGCAAAAACUUAUGUUAAGAAUUUAUCAACAAUAUUAUCUGUUCAUCCUAUCACUAGUUUGAAGUAUCUGGAAUGAAGAAUUUGGCAAACCCUAGUUGUUGAAAGCGAUUGGACUGAAUCCACAAUCCCGGGGAUACUUCGGGAUGGUAGAAUAAGGUAAGAUAGGCGAAGCGCUAGACUUUCUAGAUGAGAUACAUCACAAAUAGCGAUGUGAUCGCUCAGAUCGUUCCCGUAAUAUUUCCGAAAUCUGCGUGAAAUCUCAAGAGAGGAAAUUUUCGAGAACAGAAAAUAUCUCAGGGACACCUCGCUAGUCUCAACGCUCCCAAGCAACAGGCGGACCAUGUAUAAAUGAAAUAUUUUUACAAAUGAUGCGCGACGUCAAACAAUAUUUUUAAUCUGUAAAGCGUUGAUCUUGUCUAAAUGUGUAAAUUGGAACUUAACAUUAUAGAUAUGUUGUCAAUUUGUUCUAGUUUCUAAGUAAAUGCAUGAUUGAAAUAAUAAUUUAAAUAUUUUAUUAGUUUUAAGUGAUAAUAUUUUCGGCAUUAUAUUUUUUCCAUACAGUGCAAUUGUUAUUAAGUACUGUAUUUGAUACAUAAUAUUGUUCACCAUUUUGUAAUAGUUUGACACAUUUAGUUGGUAAUGUUACCGAAUCUUUGAGUUGAAAUAUAUUUUAGUCAUAAAUAUAUCUUAUGCCCCAAGAAACAAGUAUAUCUUAAGUUUUAUAUUGUUUUAGUAAAAAUAUUUUGCCUAAACAAAAUGGCCUAUAGAACCGAAAAUAGAAAAAUAUAAUUCUUUUUUUCUAUGCCAUAAAUAAAUUGACAUAAUUUCACGUUUCGAUCGGGGCGCAGGAUAUGUUGAUAUUUUCCAUACAUAUCUUUAUCAUCAUUACAGUAAUGUAAUAUAAAGAAAGGAAUUUAAGAGCUUACUUAAAAAUAAUUCCACUUUGAUUUGGAGAAAUUCAAAGUAAUAUAAUUACGCUAUAUAAUAUGAGCUUCCCAAUUUAUUGGUGUUUGUUUUGUGCUUCAUAGUAUGUUUUGAGACUAGGAAUUAGGAAAAUUUAUUGUCAGACAUCUGACGCACAAUGAAAAAUGACGAUAAACCUCAAUUCGGAUACAAUUUUGAUGUAGAUUGUAGGAUUAGACCAAGAUAUAACUGUUUUCAAAAUUUUAUCUGUUUUGGUACUCUGGAUUGGUCUGUGGUGGUGGUUAUGGAACAAAAUUAAGUUCCAUUUUGGGAAUAUGAGAAUUUCAGGGACCGGAUAGUUUUAUCUUAUUGAUUGGGUAACUACAGCAUAUGCGUUUUACACAGCAUUGAUUCAGUUGGCAAAAAAAAUAAAGAAAUAUCUUUCGUAGGUAUUUGAUAAAUCCACAUCAAGAUCCACAUACACUUACCAAAGCGCAUGCUUGCACCGAUCUUUUGAGAAUCGGCCAUUCAAAUAACGUCUAAAAUCCGGCCCCUGAUGAGAGUAAGUUAGUAGGUAUAGAAAUUGUUGUUACUAUAAACAUACAUAGUAAGCGGAAUUUGAUCAGAACGACAUCGAUUUUGAAGCUAUUCUGUAUUGACACACUUAAUUUAAAAAAUAAAGCCUAAUCACAUUUGACGUGAUAUACACAAACAUUGCGAAAGUUGUUACACAUGUAGAAUCCAGAAGGAAAAUGCUCAUUGUUGCUUUCCUUCCGAAUUCUACAUUUUUGUAAAUGUGGUAAUAAAGUGCAAAAUAUUAAAUACUGCAUUGAUGUACUCAUCUUUAGUUAAUGAUCUUUUGAUCUUGCUCUUAGGCUAUGUUUUAGUAAUUUUUCUAAUAGUUAUCCAGCGUAUAUUAAGUUUGUAGCAUAAAAUCGAAUGUCUUGCUGGCAACCAUCUUUGAUUGCAGUGUGUGGGUAUUCAUAGAAUGAUGCUCUCAGAAAUAGAGAACUAGGACCAAAAUAUAUAUCUAUAACAAUUCUGUUUGUAAUGAUUAUAUUAUGUUGUUUUUAAUUUUAAAUGAUGUUUAUUGUCUAGACUAACAGUGUAUAUGUAAUAAAUAAAAAGUAGACCGUGUCGUGAGAUUUAUGUUUUAGAAGCAUUUAACAUAAAAAAAAUAAAUUUUAUAUAUGUAGAUGAUAUCAUUAUUUUUAAUAUGAUGAUGCAAUUUUCAUUAAUGGGUUAUAAAUAAAUUGUCUAUAAAUAAUAA